AUGGCUCCACCUGUUUUGCGCCCUGAAAACGCCUUGAAGCGGGCAGAUGAGCUGAUUUCUGUCGGAGAACCGCAGGCAGCUCUACAGUCGCUGUUGGAUUACAUUACGUCCAGACGCAUUAGGUUUGCCGAUCCUGCCGCGAUUGAACCCAUCGUGUUCAAGUUUUUGGAGCUUGGGGUUGAGCUAAAGCGCGGAAAGGUGAUCAAGGAUGGUCUGUACCAGUACCGGAAGCACGUGCAGUCGUCGACGGAGGGGCUGAAGUCGGUGGGCGCGGUGUCGCGGCGGUUCAUCGACCUGAUCGAGAAGAAGAUGAGCUCGGAACAGGCCAAGGCCAAUGCAGAGGAGAGCACGGAGGAGGAUCUGGAGGGCGGCGUGACGCCAGAGAACCUGCUGAUCUCGGUCUACGAGCAGGACCAGUCCGUGGGGGGCUUCAACGACGAGGCCGUGACCUCGUGGCUGCGCUUCACGUGGGAAUCCUACCGCACGGUGCUGGACUUGCUACGGAACAACUCCCAGUUGGAGAUCACAUACUCCGGUGUCGUGAACAGGGCUAUGCAGUUCUGCUUGAAGUACAACCGGAAGAAUGAGUUCAAGCGUCUUGCUGAUAUGCUACGUCAGCACUUGGAUGCCGCGAACUACCAGCAGCAGAAGUCCAAGCAGUACACAGUUGACCUCUCCGAUCCCGACACCCUGCAGCGCUACCUGGACCAGCGUAUUCUGCAGGUAAACGUGUCUGUCAAGCUUGGCUUGUGGCACGAGGCCUUCAGAUCCAUUGAGGACGUUCACCAUCUUCUCUCCAUGUCCACCCGGGACCCCAAGCCUUCAGUGCUUGCCAACUAUUACCAGAACAUGGCCAAGGUUUUCUUUGUGUCCUCCAACUACCUGCUAAACUCCGUUGCUCUGCAGAAGUUCUAUGACCUCUACCAGCAAAAUCCAAAGGCCACCGAUGAGGAUUUCAAAUUCUAUGCUUCUCAGCUUGUGCUGUCUGCGCUUUCUAUCCAACAGGACGACCUGCCUGUUGUUGGCUAUGACCCACUUGCGCGUCUUGCCGGGUUUUUGAACCUAGAAAGCAAGCCAACUAGAAGUCAGGUAAUUGAGGCCGUUUCUGAUUCAAAGAUAUUCUCCAGGGCCGAUGAGCCUGUCAAGAAGUUGUACGAGCUUUUGAACUCAGAUUUUGACGUAAACACCCUAAAGGAGUCUCUAGCUUCCUUGUUACCAGAACUGAAUUCCAAGUCUUACUUCACUCAAUAUGUCGAGCCUUUGAAGAGUUUCACCAUCAGAAAGGCUUUUAUUAGCGCAUCCAAGCAGUUUGGCUCUAUCAAGCUAGAUGAGCUGUUCGAGCACACUUCUCUACCAUCUCCAUUUGACCUUUCGCCAUUGGAUUUGGAAAAGUCUUUACUGCAAGCUGCUAUGAACGACUAUGUUUCCUUCUCUAUCGACCACGAUGCGGGCGUAGUAUCCUUCAUGGAAGAUCCAUUUGAAUUAUUGGGUGGUUCUACCGCCACCAACGCUGAUGACGAACAGCGCAACGAUGAUGGCUACGAGGAAACUCAUGUUGAAGAAGAGCCCGAGCCAAUCUUGACUAGGAACUCGGCUGUCCGUACACAACUAAUUGAGCUGGCAAAGGCUCUAAAGGAGACGGAAGGGUUUCCUCAUGCCUCUUAUGUCGACAAGGUUAGAAUGGCACGCAAUGAAUUAAUCAGACAGAACAAUGCUAUCAUUGCCAGCGAGAAGGAAGCUGCUGAAGAGCGUGCUAGACAGCUAGAAUAUGAAAAGCAAUCUGCCUCCGGUGUUCCGUUGACUGCUGAACAAGUUGUCGAGGAGAGACAGAGACGCAUGAAGGAGGAGAAGGAGGCUGCUGAGGCGAGAAUGGAGGCCGAAGCCAGACGUCGCGCUGAGGAGAAACGUGAGAGAGAACUUGCCGCCAUCAACGAGAAGACUAUGUUGAAGAUGAUCGAAGACAUCAAUGCGAAGGGCCUCAUUUUCAUUGAUCCAAAGGAAGCUAAGAACAUGACCCUUGAGAAGUUUAAGAAGCUGACCGUUGAGCUAGUUUCUAAGGAUAAGAAGGACCUAGAUGAACGUAUGUCACACGCCUUCAAGAGAGUCGACCACAUCGAGAGAGCCUACCGGAAGCUCGAGGCUCCACUAUGGGAAAAAGAUGCUCAGAAGCAGAAGGAAAGAGACUUGGAGAGCUACAACAAGUUGAAGCAAAUGAUGGUGGAGAAGGCUAAGAAGGACCACGAGGAGAACCUACGCAUACAUGAUCGCUUGGUCAAGAUUUACCCAUCGUAUCUGCACUUUAGAGAAAAGGUCAUCGCUGCCCAAAAGUCUCAGAUCGAGGCUUUGCGUGCCGAAAAUGCCGCUAAACUUGAAGCUGCCAAGAAUGCAAGGCUCCAGGAAGUGCGCCAGCAGCGUUACAAUGAGCUUAUUGCAAGACGCAAGGAGGAGCUGGCAGCAAAGGAACACGAUGACAGGCAGCGCAUGCUUCAGGAUCGUCUGACUAAGGAGCGCAAGGAGCGCGAAAGAGUCAACAAGGAGAAGGAUGAAGCUGCACGCAAACAGAGAGAAAUCGAAGAGGCUGUGGAACGGACGAUCAAGAGGAACGUCUCUGCUACACCAGCUCCUCCUGUACGUAGCGCUCCUCCUGCAAGGGCUGCUCCUCCUCCACGUGCAUCGAACGAACAAGUUGCUUCUCCCGCACCGCAACCCGAAAAGAAGCUGACAUAUGCCGAGAAGAUGAAGCUGCGGAGGGCCGGCAGAGCCUGA